CCAUAGCCAGCACAAGUCGUGAGAAAGAUGGAAGAAGAAGAAGAACAAGUUAAUCUAAGAAGCUUUCUUCGAUGGGCGGCGGAGCAGGGGAUCACAGACUGUCCUUCAUCUUCCACCCAAUCGGGCUCUUGUAUGGGCCACUCUCUGCUCGUUUCCCAUUUCCCCGAAGCCGGAGGGAGAGGUUUAAUGGCGGCUCGCGAUCUUCGCAAAGGAGAUUUGAUUCUCAGAGUGCCGGCGGCGGCCUUGAUGACGACCGAGAGUCUGGCUGAGGAAGACGAAUCGCUCUCUCGUGCUCUGCGCAACCACACUUCACUCUCAUCUUCUCAGAAAUUGGGGGUUGCAUUGCUGAAUGAAGUCAACAAAGGGAAGAGUUCUUGGUGGUACACUUACUUGAAGCAAUUGCCAAGCAGCUAUGACACCCUUGCUGAUUUUGGUCAUUUUGAGAUACAAGCCUUGCAGGUGGAUGAUGCUAUCUGGGCUGCUGAAAAGGCUGUGCAAAAGGCUAAGAUGGAGCUUAAAGAAGCAAGUGUUCUAAUGGAUGAAAUCAAGCUUAGGCCCCAACUCAUGACCCUAAAGGCAUGGCUCUGGGCUUCUGCAACUAUAUUUUCGCGGACAAUGCAUAUAGAUUGGGAUAGCACUGGAUGCUUAUGCCCUGUGGGAGAUUUCUUCAACUAUGCUGCACCUGGAGGAGAAAACUCUGAAGAUCAGUUGUCUAGUGGGAAUGGCUCCCGGCUAAUUGAUGCCGGAUUUGAGGAGGACCUCACUGCUUAUUGCUUCUAUGCUAGAAGAAACUACAGAAAAGGGGAACAGGUUCUUCUAAGCUACGGGACCUACACAAAUUUGGAACUUCUUGAACACUAUGGGUUUCUGCUGCCCAAGAAUCCAAAUGACAAAGUGUUUAUUCCUAUGGAACCAGACAUGUAUCAGCUAAGUUCUUGGUCUAAUGAUUUGAUCUACAUUCAUGAAAACGGUAAGCCAUCGUUUGCCUUACUCUCCACCUUGCGACUAUGGGCAACCCCUCAGAACAAGCGGAGGUCCAUCAGGCAAUUUGUAUAUUCGGGAAAACAACUUUCAGCUGACAAUGAAGUCAAUGUAAUGGAGUGGGUUUCGAGGAAAUGUCGAGCUUUGUUGGACAACCUUCCAACAUCACUCGAACAGGACAAGCAGUUGCUCAGCAUCCUAGACGAAAUUCCAGAUUGUCAUAGAUCCAUGGAGAUUAAAGAAGUGCCACCAGAGUUGUGUGCUUUCUGUAAGAGCAAGAACAUGUGUGGUCAAGAAACUAGUGUUGUUGUAGCCAGGAAGAAGUCUUUUGCUAGAUGGAAAUUAGCUAUUGAGUGGAGACUAAACUUCAAAAGAAUACUUUGUGAUUGUAUUGCCUAUUGCACUAAGACAGCAGAUGAAAUUCUUGCUGACAAUAAUACAUGAGCAACAGGCUAUUAUAUGCUCUUUUGGACU